AUGGCAUCAGCACUUGUGCCAGAAAUUGAGGUUCUGGAUGAAGGACAAGAUCCAGUUGGGACUAAUACUGUAGAGGAAAUACAAACUGGAGAGAAAAAUGCUGCAAACAUUCCUAUUGCUUCAGACAGAAAUCUAACUAAUGCAUUGACAACAUUGCAAGAGAAGGAAAAAACUACAUCGAAAACUAACUACAAAGCAGAACUCAUAGCCAAUUUAAGAACACUUAAAGAGAGUCAAAUACUUAGAAAACAACAAUUAUUGUUGGAAUUAAAAAGGGAACAAUUAGCCUUAGAAAUUGAACUUUCUAUGUGUGAAAAUGAAAGUGCUCAUCCUCAAUUUGAAACAACUACCCCUCAUCAAAGAAGGCUAUCAAGUGUAUACGACCGCUGUUUUUGCCAUUGGCUACCUAUCGAUGAUCGUAUGUGGAGUGGUGAGGUGGACUUCAUAUACAUUGAAAACUGGGCUGAAGAUGUAGACUUUACUGAAGGUAAUAUUAUAUAUAAUAAAAACUUUACGAUUGGUUUGAGCUAA